AUGUGUAGUACACGUUUAUGGAGGGGAAUUUGUGGUAAGGUAAGGCAUCUGACAAUGGCACCUUCAAAAAAAGGAUCGAAACAAGAAAGAAAGCCGAGAAGUGCAAUGAGUGAAGUAGUGACGCGCGAGUAUACUGUUAACUUACAUCGACGAUUGCACGGCGUUGGCUUUAAAAAGCGUGCUCCUCAAGCUAUCAAAGCAAUACGGAAAUUCGCAGAAGAACAGAUGGGUACAAAAGACGUACGCGUUCAUAUACGUCUUAAUGAAUUUUUGUGGUCCAAAGGCGUAAAGAAUGUUCCGUAUCGUGUACGUGUACGUCUGUCACGACGACGUAACGAUGAUGAAAGUUCUGCAGAUCGGUUGUACACAUUGGUAACUCACGUCCCUGUUACAACAUUUAAGAAGUUAACGACAGUUUCGCCGCUGAAUUGUUCAACUUUUCGACCAGAGACUCUUCUGAUGAUCGAAAAUGAUAUUACUGACGAGCAUCAUUAUAUUAACACGAGAGAAGCUUUUGCAAAGCUUUGUGAAAUAGUAGAAUCUGAAAUUGACAGGGAACGUGAACUCGCUGCUGGAAUUUUUACAUUCAGGUUUUUGACCCAUGAUGAAGUGGCCACUGGAAGCUUUUGUAUCAUUUAUGCGAUAGCUUCAAUUGUUUGCUGCUUUGUUUUGCUGACUUGUAGUUUGCUUAGAGGUUACUCUUUAUUUGACCAGCUCGCAUCAGUUCUCUUCUUGGUUAUAACAAUAUCUAACAUAUGCCACUCAUUAAAAGUGUAUCACAAGCAACGCUUUGCCAUUAUUGCAAAAGCCUUAAAUAUUUUGGAUAUUCUGAAAUCGCUGAAAGAAGAAGAUUUUGAAUAUGAACAUCUUUAUACACCGCCGUCUGAUGCCAUCAGUUUACAGUGGACACAUAGAGAUCACAAGUUAGUCAAUGUGCCAUGGAUGCUUUUGGUAGAUGGUGAUAUAAUAGAACUUCGUGCUGGGCAGUCAUCACCUUGCCGAUGUAUGUCACAACGUGGUGAUAUCAUUGAUUUUGGAGAUAAACCACGAUCUUCAGAAAUGUUAUGUCCUGAAACUCAUAGUGUACUUCCAUCAAAAUCGACAUUGUGGAAAAUUGUCGAACCGCCAGUUAUUGAGCAUAUACGUUCAGCUUUUCGUAAUCAUUGCAAGAAACACUCAAAUUUGUUGAAUUCUGAAAUUGAUAUAACAUUGCAUUUUGUCCUUGAACGAUGUCUUUUACCAUUCAUAUUCACGAUUACGUAUGUUUUUGUGGCGAGAGAAAGUAUUAUUCAUUUCUUGGUGGAUACGUCACUGAUUCUUCUGUCUCUGUUGGGACCCAUGAUUCCGAUUUUUUGUUUGGUUGGAAAGUUAUGGAAUUUGGGUUUUGUUUUGGGUGAUGACCGUAACCUGCGAUACAAUAAAUCAAGUUCCGAAGACGUUGCAGCUCGUAUUUUUGUUGAUAGAAGAAGAAAAGGAACAGUUACCAAUGGCUUUAAGGCAGUUUAUCACUAUUUUACAGGUCAUUUUCACACUUCAGUGGAUUUCGUUUUCACAUGCGGUGGUCUCACAUCUUGUGCUUUCCUGGACAAGAAAGGUCUGCUUUCAUGGCCAAAUGCAACAAUAGAAAAAGUGUUGUGCUUUCACUGUGAUGGAAAAGGUGAAGAGCGGAAAUUGAUGCCAAAAAUUUUGGAUUUAACGAUGAAUGAAGCUGAAUCUUUUCCUGUACAUUUUGAUGAUUCCUCAUGGAAAUGCUAUAAGCGAUCUUUGCUGCCAUUUGGAAUCAAUAGUAUUGUGAAUGGUUGCUCUUUACUGCCAGACUAUACGUUAUUUUUGAAUCAUAUCAGAAGUAUUUCGGAAAAUGUGCCAAACACUAUUACAGUUUCUAAUCGACACUGUUUAUGCCCACUAACUCACUUACUAGGGAUUGGUGACGAAGUUUUAGAAAAAUUUAAUAUUUCGGAUAGAAAAACAAUAGGCUUUUAUGAGCGGUUACGAAAGGAAGGAUUCGAUAAUGAGUUGCGGAGGUUUCGUAUGCCAUUAGAAAAUGCAUUUCUAACAAUUACAAAAGAUGGAGCAUCGAAAUAUUAUCAUGUAAUGAGUCAAGGAACAGCUGAUUUGUUGCUUAGUGCUUGUACUCAUGUAUGGUGUGGCAAUUCUUUAGAACCAUAUACACCAAAUUUACAUAAGCGGGUUCUUGAUUUUUAUCAGCGCAAUACAAUGACUGGAUUCUGUUUGGUCCUUGCCUAUCGAACCCUGGGCUGUACUAUUUCGGAUACUCUAAGUGAAAGAUAUAUCGAUAUUUCGUUGUUAGAAAAGUAUGAAGAAGUUGAAGAGAGAACUUCAAUUCCAAGGACGGUCAGUCUUGAUAUGGAGUUUUUGGAGGCGUUUUAUCGUCAGUCACCUUUGCAUACUGCUUAUGAAUGCUUUGAAGAAGUUAUGCAUGGGCAAACAUUAUGUGGUUUGCUUGUCUUACAACAUCAGGCUCGAAGUGAUGUCGUUCAAUUAGUAGAACAAUUGGACCAUGCUUGCAUACGAUUCAUUUACUUCUCGAAAGAAAAUGAAUUGCGAAGUCGAGUUUUUACUGAAAAGUUGGGCUUGGAAGCUGGAUGGAAUUGUCAUAUAUCAUUAGCUAGUGAAGAUGAACAGUCUGAAGUUUUCAAUGUAAGCAAAGAUUCUUAUCGACGUCCAACAAAGUUAGUAUUGCAUCGUUCAGCUACUUGGUCUGAAUAUUUUCCACUACAUCAAAAUCAUUCUUCUAUCGUUUCAGUGGGAAAUAACUUCAGAAAUUCUAUACAAAUCUCAAAUCGAAGCAAAUAUAGUCCAUGUUCAUCACCACUUAUACUUAAGCAUUUAUCAUCAAAAUCGGAAACUUCAUUAAAAAAAACUCAAAGUGAUCAUUCUCUAUAUUCAUACGGCGAAGAAAUAGGUCCGAAAAUUUUUCCGAAUAAAGCGAAAUUACCAUCAGGAAUCAAGAAUAUACGUCCUCAUUUAGAAAAUGUUGAUAAUGUUCCACUUUUAGUUAACCUUUUCACAGACUGCGAUCAUUUUUCUUGUCAAAGUAUGAUUGAAGUAAUGCAGGGAAACUGUUCGAUCACUGUCGAGCCCCAGCAUCCUGCUUUGUGUAGCAGAAAAAUUCCUCAAAAUGACAGUGGGUUGAGAAAAGCAUCAACUGUUGCUACUUUACUCAUGGGAUUAUGUUGCGAUAUUGUCGUAUUUCCAAGUCAGACCGUGGAUCUUAUUUCAUUGAUCUCAUUUUGUCGAUAUCAGUUGGGGUCGUUUCGUUCCUCCUUUGUAUUUUUCAUAUUCUCAUCGAUAGCACUUACACUGCAGCAAAUUUUUACUCUGUUGUUAUUUCCGAAUGUCUUAUCGGUUUUUCAGGUGUUUUUAUUCAUAGUUAUAUAUGUGCCGCUACUGUCCUUAUCACUGAUGGCUUCGUCUCAUGAAUUUGAUGAAAAUCGCAAUGAAAUAGCACCAAAAAAUAUUUCCUCAGCUCCGGAACGUAUCAUUCGUCGUGCGGUUAUCCAUUUCUUAAUAAAUUUUCUUCCAUCUCUGGUCAUUGUCUGUCUUAUUUAUUACAGCACUGUCAUAAUAAUUGGAAAAAAGUACGAGCAACAAGGAAGUUUCAAUUAUUCAUUUUCUACUAAUCAUGCCAUUAUUAUUGGCCAGCACGUUGCUUCGUUUUAUGUACGUUGA